AAAAGGCUUAUGCUGAGUUGCAGACCUGUGGAUUAAGGAGUGGGCUUUUAAAGCCUCCUCCACCAUCCCCUUUGUUCUCAUUCACUCACUGCCGCUGGAGCUGUCAGACCAACGCUAACCAGGCGCAAUGAACCAGAAGGUGGUACUCAUAACUGGCUGCUCCUCUGGGAUCGGCCUCGCCCUGGCUGUCCGCUUCGCCAACGAUGAGAAGAAGAGGUUCAUGGUCUAUGCCACCAUGAGGAACCUGAGCAAGAGUAAGGCAUUGGUCGAAGCAGCAGGUCGCAGUUUGGGUAGAACCUUGGAGAUCAAACAGUUGGACGUGUGUGACGAGAACUCCAUCAAGGCCUGUGUGGACAGCUUGCCAGAGCGCAGGGUGGACAUUCUAAUAAGUAACGCAGGACUGGGUCUGAUUGGCCCUAUCGAGUGUCAGUCUAUAGAGCAGAUGAAGGUCGUUAUGGAUACCAACUUCUUUGGGUUUGUUCGGCUGCUGAAGGAAAUCCUGCCUGACAUGAAGAGGAGGAAACGGGGCCACAUUGUGGUCAUCAGCAGCGUCAUGGGCAUUCAAGGAAUGCUAUUUAAUGACAUCUACUCAGCAUCCAAGUUUGCUGUGGAAGGCUUUUGUGAAAGCUUAGUAGUGCAAUCAAUGAGGUUUAAAAUCAAUAUCACCCUGAUAGAGCCUGGCCCGGUGAUAACUGAGUUUGAGCAUAAGGUCUACGGGGAGGGAUUGAAGACUGAUCUCAGCAAAGCCGACAAAGACACUGCUGACAUGUUCACCAACAUUUACUUGAAGAACUACAGGGAAAUCUUUGAAAGUGUUGGUCAGACUGCUGAGGAUAUAGCAGAGCAUACCCUGAUGAUCGUCACCAUGGACAACCCACCGUUCCGUCAUCAGACAAACAUGCUUUACACUCCUAUGACCACGCUAAAAUAUGCCGACCCCAGCGGUGACCUCUCCAUCGAUGAGUUUUACAAAAUGGUGUUUGAGCAUGACAAGGUGUUCCACGCCAGCUUGAACUUUCUCAAACUUCUGCGCUGGAGAAGUAGAAAGAGUUUUAGCUUGGAAAAAAGCAAAUGACUCUGUCUCCAAGUAGUCCGUGCUCAGUCUUGCUUGAAAUUCCCGUAGCUGUGAGACAUUUUUGUGAUGAAAUGUUGAAACAAAAAAAAUUAAAAGCCAUAGAUGCAACAGUUUAAACUCUUUUUCUUGUCUCUUCCGGCUGCAGGGUUUAAGCUACAGUCAGUACACUGAACUGACCACCAUAAAUGUCUUAUCCCGUUAAGCCUCCAAGCCCAUUAUCAUGUAGUGUGUAAGUAGAAGCGAUUUGUACAGGAAAGAACAACACGGGCAGCGCUUCAGGAAAAGAAUUUACAUAGUUUAUAAGGUCAUACGCCUUUAUGGGGUGAGAUUUUCUUGAAUAAUGUUUUAAAUAUUCCAUUCAUUCAUUAAAAAUAUUUGCUGUACUACUUUGUCAACCAGCUCUGUUAGUAACAAACUAUGACAGUGGAUUAUGUAAACUAUUUACACAGGGAUAAUCUGGAUUCAGCUCUUUAGUUUAAGCCUCAAAGCACACAAAUUCUUACCAAGGAAGCUUUUAAUGUGAUACAGUCUGGUCUUAAUGUGUAGGCAGAAAAUAGUAGGUCAAUAAAAUAGAAGGUGAAAUCUUC